UUUUCUACUUGCAUGCAUCUAGAUCUUUUUUCUUUUAAUUCACCAAUAACAUUACCAGAAUUUUUAAGAGAUAUUGCUACAGAUUAUGUUGAAUUAUAUAUUGAUGGAGAUAGAUCAUUUGACCCUAAAAAUACCUUGAAUUACAUUAACAACUAUUCAUACCCAUAUGCAAAGGGUAGUAAAUGA